AGUUCUUUCCAUUGUUCUAGCGCCUAUCAAACAGAGAGCCGCGAGCACUAUCAAUCACCUCCCGUAUCGAUAAGGAUAAUCAAUUUCUUCUUGCUAUUUUUAGACAUGCCGGAAUACAAGAAGCUAGAGGACCAGGAGUCAGAUGUGGAGAACGCAAAUAGAACCACCGUCCAGAACACUGCUACCGUUCAGGACGCCGGGGAGGGACAGAGGCAGGCGGCUGGCCAGCAGGCGGGACAAAUGGUGACGGUGUCCUUGUUCAUGCUUCUUUUCCUCGGCAGCUCCUACUUCCAACCGCGACCACGACUGCAUCAGUACAAGGGGGGCAGGGGCCAUGGACUGCUGGAGAAGUUCGACUGCAACAUACAACUGGUGGAAUCCAUACCCAUUGGCCUAACAUAUCCUGACGGCAGUCCACGAUUCCUAAGCACUUACGAAGCUUGGCUGGAGUUAUUGGAGAGCGCCACGACCUCACUAGACAUAGCAUCCUUCUAUUGGACUCUGAAGGCCGAGGAUACGCCCGGGGUGUCGGACAACAGCACUCGGCCGGGCGAGGACGUCUUCGCAAGACUCUUAGCCAACGGAAACGGCGGUAGCAGGUCGCCCAGGAUCAAAAUUCGCAUUGCCCAGAGCGAACCCUCUAGUGGCACACCCAAUUUAAACACAAAGUUGUUAGCUAGCGCUGGCGCUGCCGAAGUUGUUAGCAUCUCGUUUCCCAAGUACUUUGGCAGCGGAGUGCUCCACACCAAGCUGUGGGUGGUGGACAACAAGCACUUUUAUCUGGGCAGCGCCAAUAUGGACUGGCGGGCACUGACCCAAGUCAAGGAGAUGGGCGUGCUAGUCCAGAACUGUCCAGAACUGACCCAUGAUGUGGCCAAGAUCUUUGGAGAGUACUGGUACCUAGGCAACAGUGAAAGUUCUCGCAUUCCCGACUGGGACUGGCGUUACGCGACCAGCUACAACUUGAAACAUCCCAUGCAGCUGAGUGUAAACAAAAAUACUAGCAUAGAGGGCUUCCUAUCUAGCUCACCGCCUCCCCUUUCACCCUCCGGCCGAACAGACGACCUGAACGCCAUCCUCAACACUAUUAACACGGCCAUAACUUACGUAAAUAUUGCGGUUAUGGACUAUUAUCCGCUGAUCAUAUACGAGAAGAACCACCACUAUUGGCCGUUUAUCGACGACGCUCUGCGAAAGGCGGCUGUAGAACGGGGCGUGGCUGUGAAGCUCCUUAUUUCGUGGUGGAAGCACUCGAAUCCCAGUGAGGACCGGUAUCUCAGGUCACUGCAGGACUUGGCAUCCAAAGAAGACAAAAUUGAUAUACAAAUUCGUCGAUUCAUAGUGCCGACUGAUUCGAGCCAGGAGAAGAUUCCCUUUGGCCGUGUCAACCACAACAAGUACAUGGUUACAGAUCGAGUGGCUUACAUCGGAACUUCUAACUGGAGUGGAGACUACUUCACGGACACCGCUGGCAUUGGACUGGUGCUAAGCGAAACCUUCGAGACCGAGACCACUAAUACCUUAAGAAGCGAUCUGCGGAAUGUUUUCGAGCGGGACUGGAAUAGCAAGUACGCCACACCGCUGGUAUAAUCGCACAACGUUGUAAUGUGAUUAUUCCGAUGCCAAUGUUAUUUUAACUAUUUUAGCUCCCGACAAUUGUUCAAUCCUAUUCAUUGCUUUUAUUCAGUUUUGAUCAUGCGUGAAUUCAAAUAAUACGCGAAUUUACGAAUUGGAAUAAUGCAAGUAUUUAAAGUAUGGAGAUACAGUGAGCUUGAAAUCAUAACGUAAUAAAAUUCAUUCUUUCAUAUCCUGCUCGCAGUCACAUAGUUUCCUUCUGAUUUGUAACAUGUGUACAAACUGCCUAACUCGGCACUAACCCAGCUGCCUGGCUAGUCACUAAAUAUAUGUUAAAUACUCUUUGCAACU